GCAUGGCAUGUGCGCCUCGACUUACUCAACGGAGGACUGCAGCCCGAACCAGAAAAAUCUUGUUACACGUUUUGAGGACGCAGUAAGUGCGAGCAUCACCUUGAUAUGUAGAGAGGACGCCAAUUACCUGAGGAACAUCUCCAGAACCCUCCAUUGUUUCGAAUUGCUCAAACUAACCAACUGCAUAAACCCGAAUGGCUUGUUGAGCCCUAUUGUGAUUUUUGGAACAAGGUAUACUCCCGAACAUUUCAGGGCAAUCGAGAAGAAGGCAAUUCGAUGUUUGGACACCGCGCAGAUGAGCCCGGACGAGUGCGGUGAACAUCCGGAUAUCGAAGGAACCCGUGCCAUUCUACGCGCGUUCCUUGCCAGGGCGGAUUUCUCCAGGCCGAGCAGGAGCGACGCCAACCGACGGCAGUCAGGGUCGCACGUUACCGCAGUGCUUGUGUUGGGAGUCAUGACGGCAACAGCAGUGUCAAUGCGACAUCUAUGAUGUUAUUACGUAACUAUGCGAACUGUUCAACGUAGUGAACCGGUGAUUUACAAAACAAAGAUGUUUGGGCAACAUUUGUUGUUCAACAGCGGGCAGUGCAAGAGCACGAAAUAUAACAAGAAACUUACAUGGUA